AUGUUUCGCGCGCAGACCAACGCCUUCGACGAUGCUGUACUCAAGGCCACCGACGAGAACCUGACGAGUGAGAACUGGGAAUACAUACUCGAUGUAUGCGACAAAGUGGGCGCUUCCGACACGGGCGCCAAAGAUGCUGUCGCUGCUAUGAUCAAGCGACUCGCUCAUCGGAACGCAAACGUCCAGCUAUACACGCUCGAGCUCGCGAACGCACUCAGCCAAAAUUGCGGGAUACAAAUGCAUAAGGAGCUCUCUUCACGGAGCUUCACCGAUGCGCUUCUCAGACUCGCAGCAGAUCGCAACACACACCAGCAAGUGAAGGCCAAGAUCCUCGAGCGCAUGUCAGAGUGGUCGGAUAUGUUCGCCAGAGAUCCAGAUCUCGGCAUCAUGCAGGGGGCCUACGAGAGGUUGAAGUCGCAGAACCCAAACCUGCGCCCUCCUUCGAAGCCGCAAAAGACCCAAAUCACCGACGUGGAUCGCCAGAAGGAAGAGGAGGAGCUCCAGAUGGCACUUGCCAUGUCGAUACGGGAGUCGAAAGGUGCAGCACCGUCGUCAUCCAAGUCAAACGCCCCGCAGGAUUCGACAGGAACCGAAGGCUCUCAGGCUGAUGCGCCAGCCCAACCGGUCCCCGCAGGCACGACUGCAGCAACCGUGUCACGAGUACGUGCGCUCUACGACUUCCAGCCGUCAGAACCAGGAGAGUUGCAGUUCAGAAAGGGCGAUGUCAUCGCGGUGCUCGAGUCAGUAUACAAGGACUGGUGGAAAGGCUCACUGCGCGGCCAGACCGGUAUCUUCCCGUUGAACUACGUGGAAAAGCUACAGGACCCCACGCCACAAGAGCUGGAGCGGGAGGCGCAGAUGGAGGCAGAAGUUUUUGCACAGAUCAGGAAUGUGGAGAAACUGCUCGCGUUGCUGAGUACCACGUCGCAAAGUGGAGGUGAUGCGAGAGAGAACGAGGAAGUCACGGAGCUGUAUCACUCGACACUGUCCAUUCGACCGAAGCUGAUUGAGCUCAUUCAGAAGUAUUCGCAAAAGAAGGACGAUUUCACACAGUUGAACGAGAAGUUCAUCAAGGCGCGACGAGACUAUGAGUCCCUGCUUGAGGCAUCGAUGGCACAACCCCAGCAACCUUAUGGCGGUCGUCCAUAUGGUGGGUACAAUGCCCCUCCCGCAGCUGCCUACGGUGGCUAUCCUCCGACAUCACCUCCACCGCCGCACUAUGGCGGUGCACCUCCGGCGUCCCAACCCCCCCCUUCACAAUACCCCCCUUCAGCCUCGAACCCCGCAUUUUUCAUGGUGUCCCCCGGGCAACAGCGCCCCCAGCAGCCGACCCCGAAGCCUGAGCCACCCGCAGACGCAUACCCUCAGCAAGGACGAAUUCCCUCUGGAGGCCGUCCACAGAGCUUUGCGCCGCAAGAGCUGAGUACUGGACACUAUGACUCUCCCGUCGACAAACGCCAUUCUUUUGCUCCGCCACAGGGUGCCCCCUCAGCACCACCGCAAGACUACGCAUACCCACCUUCGCAAUCGCAGCCGCCGCAAGCACCGCCUGGAUACCCGCCCAACACGAACGCACCGUCAGCUCCGCAGAACCCGUACGACCAAGUGGCGUCUCCGUAUCCACCAGGCCAGGCACCUCCACCACAGACGCAAUCGCCAUCCGACCCGUACACACAGCCGCCGCCGCCGCAACAACAGCCUGGCUUUGGCUACCCGCCGCAACAGCCCAAUCACGCACCCCCUGCUCCGCCGGGAGCGACUGGCAGCCCGCCACCGCAGCAGAGUUACCUCCCAUACAGACCCGGCGGCCAAGCACCAAGCGCGCCGCCUGCUGGCGGCGACGAGGGGUUCUAUCGGUAG